GGCCUUCCAAUUGAAACCUUCCAGAAAAAGCCAACGGCGAAGCGAAAGGUAAUUCAGUUUGCAUCCAGACGUUCGAUCUCCCAGGCACGCCGAAUUUCCGUGCCGCACAUUGAAGCUUUGAGGCAGCGGCAUUCAUUGCAAAAACCCAACCGGACGACAUGACGCUGUUUUCGCCCAACGAUCACUUUUCCGACAAGCACAUGGCGUUCCGAACACAGGUCCUCGCAUGCAACGGCGUGCAUUUCCUGUACACGAUGGGGCGUGACACUGCGCUGCCUGCGAUUAAUAACGUGCCAGGAUACAGUGGUUUGGAAGUCAUUUUACUCGGUGUCAGAAUCAAGGACGUUCCUGGAAAGUUGGGGAUACAGUGUACUGUUAGCCAAAGUCAAUUGGCUGCAAUUGAGAUUGACGGCUCAGUACUCAGGUCUGCAAACAGCAACGGAAAAGUGCUACUUAGGCCUUACGAUAGCGUGACUAUCAAAGAAAGGGAUAACUUCUCCAUUUCGUUGAAAUGUGUCGCGGAGAGAGACCAUUAUUUCCACAACUGUUACUACGACAUAAAAUUUAAUCAAGUUAAGAUCCCCUACAUCACUUUCGAUAUCACCACGCACAUGGACGCAAGCAACUUCAUUAUACUGUCCAGCCACAUAAUCGACCGAAGCGGCGCCAGGCUCCCCAGCAAGACCAAUCCCCUUGAAUACUUCUUGAAAGGAGGGUGGUGUCGCAUGAGUGUUGGAGCUUUCGCCAGCUGCCAAGCAACCUACCGGCCCAGUGAUGCAGUACGAGUUACCUCAGCCACAGCUGUCGAAGACCUCGGCAAGCCUUCGGAUCCUGAGUUUACAUUCACUGUACGGCGAACUAUUGAUUCAUUCGUUUUCCUGACGGAUUACGGCAAAGCGCUGGCCCUAACGGUUGGCAGCGUCCUGAACAAAUUAGACGACGACGAUCUUAUGCCGCAGUUCUCCGACAACGUCGGCUUGAAACGCGUGGUGCUAGUAAGUUCCCUGCACUAGGACACUAACGCGCACCACGCCGGGGCAUGGUGCAGAUAUUGUCAGAUCUGCGCGCGUCCACUGUUGAUCCGUUAGACGGAAACGCUCAGAUAAGUAAAUUACGCUUUUGGGGUCGUAUUCCAUAGACAUCAAUGUCGCGUUCUUCAUUUCUUACCAAGACCCGCAUACCGAAAGGCCAAUCCAAGCGAUAACGGUGGCAUGAUAGACCACCACAGAAUACGUUAACGCGAAUAACGUGCAGAGCUGUGAUAUAAAUCUUCUGCGCUUACAUUGGUUUGGCUCGCUUUUAGCAACUGAGCACGACAAAAGAAUAUGUAUUAUGCUUACCUAUUGCAACGCCGCCCGAGGAGCGUAGAAGAAGAGGAAGGAGGAGGCAUGGGGGAUGGGUGAUCGACAGUUGUAUAGUCCCACGCUCCAUUAUUUAAAUAUAGUUUCGCUUUAUUUCUAAGCAUACGAAAAACCGCCUGCUUCUUAGCCAAUCCCCCUUAGUGGGCAUGCGCCACUGUCUGGGAUACAAGACAAGACAAGACUGUGUCGUGUUUUGAGGCAACAAUAACAACAACAACGACUGCGUUGGACCUUCUAUGUCUUCUUUGCCCUUUCUUACCCUUAGCACAGUAACUAAAUUCAUCACAUCAUUGACAACUUUGGUGGAAGUACUUGGUAAUGGACGCCUGUGACAACCCAGUGUUUCGACAUCUUCGAAGAAGCAGACAUGUCACCGGACUACCACUAUAUAUAACAGGCAGGCAGGUCAAGGGCCACCGACGUAGAUGGCAUCAUUCAAGUCAGACACCAAGCCAAGGCAACCUAUAGCUACUGGACACUGGAACCGCGCAUAUUCUAUAGUAAGACAGACAAAGACGCGGAUGAAUGGCUGAUGCAAUAAGAAAGAGUAAGCCGCUACAGCGCAUAAUGUAUAUCACCGCAGCUCGUGAACGCUGAAUUUUUUUUUCAUCAAUACCGCUCUACUUUAGUUUGAAAACUGACUUCGUGCUUGGGAGAGCCUUGUCCGGAAAUAGAAAAGUUGCUUUUGAGACUUGAGUUCCAAAAAUAAGAAAGCUGAACACACGCUUUUGUUCAGAGGUUAGUUGCCUGGCGAAGCCUUAUUAAUAAUUGGCCAAAAAAGGGAAAGAAAGACACGGACAAGAUAAUGCUAACACGAAUUCACAUCAAAUCACUUCAAUUUGGAUCCCUCUAAUACCUGGUGAAACGUGUACGACGUAUAUAGAAGGAAUGCUGAAGCUUUGCUUAAUUGUAAACGCGGAUAUGUCCGACGAAGACGAAGUGAAAGAUCUGUUAAGGCACCACCGCCGCCGUUUACAAUUCUUUAACUGCAAAAGGGAACCUGAACACUCCUUCCGAAUUUAGGCGGCAAUGUCGCACGUUCGAGGCUCUGCAGAUCUGACGGAUUCUAUCGAAGUUCAGCCAUUUGGACAACGUCACCGCAUUUGCAAGUAUGGGCGUUGUCGCCUGCGAUGACAUCGCCUCGAUCGUGCUUCGAGUAGUUCAAGAAGAGCUAGCACGGCUUCAGAGAGUAGACACUGUUUACCGCUGCGUGCUUGACGAGUGCAUUCCCGAAUCAUCGCCAUCCUAGUGACGAGUGUAGAAAAAGAAUAACUGCACGUGGUCUGACACCGCGAGAGAAAAGAAGAGGUUUGAACAUGCAGCAGCUGGCUCUCCGUCUGGUUCUUUCGCGUCGGUCCUGAAAUUUCUGAAAAUAUUGGUACCGAAAUCCAGGAUUGAAGCAGGGUUCGAGACCAAGCGACCAGCGCGACGAGCCGGAAGCAGAAUACAUAACUGCUGCAGAAUAUAACGACCAAACCAUCAGCGUGCUUGCCGAGAUUUGAUGAAAGAUUGCCGUUUUGUAAGGCGCGGACAGUGUAGCCGAGGCUGCUAACCAGAAUGAGACCCUAGGAGCUCUUCCGGCUGUGCUCAGAAUUUGCCCACGGCUGCAGAACCUUGACAUACGAACAUUUAACGGGGACAUUCAUAAAGGUCCAAGUUUUUGGGAGCAGUUUCAGCAUGACUGUUCAUCCGAUCAACGAUCCAUCGACAAGAACCGAGGUUUUUUUUUAAUGUACGGCAUUAACUUGAGGGCCAAGCGGAAGCGGCCAUUGCCAGGUUACCGACUUUCGAAACUUCAUAUGCCGAUGCCCUCGAAGUUCUAAAAAAACAAAACAUUUGGGCAAUCGCAUACAAAGAUAGAACAUCAUUUGUCGAUGCUUCGCAAUAUACCGCACGUAAAGUCGGAAAGGGACGUACGAGGCCUCAGGCAAUUGGAUGAUAUGCCGCACUGCUAAAUGUCAGCUGUCCGACUACACUAAAAGUGCCAGCGCAAAGCUUGUCAGCAAUGUUGAUUGAUAUCCUGCAUGAGGCUUUGCCGUACGAGAUCGCACCCCGCCGUUGUUCCUCAGUGGCUAUGGUGUUGGGCUGGUAAGCACGAGGUCGCGGGAUCAAAUUCCGGCCACGGCGGCCGUAUUUCGAUGGGGGCGAAAUGCGAAAAACACCCAUGUACUUAGAUUUAGGUGCACGUUAAAGAACCUAAGGUGGCCCAAGUUAUUCCGUAGUCCUUGACUAUGGCGUGUCCAAUAAUCAGAUCGUGUCAAACCCCAUCAAUAUAUUUUUUGCGCCAUUUGCACUGACAUAUACUCAAUAAAAGUGUAGCAAGGCUUCAAAGGAAUGCUAAGCUGGUAGCCAGCUGUGGCAGCUGCUUCAUCGGAGGACGAGUUAAAGGAGCUGCUCAGGUCCAUAUGCGUUGAGCUCGAAAGCCGAGAUCAAUGCAGCCCAUCAUCAACACUCAACGACCAUGCUGAGUGGACUGGAAGCGGCAGCUCCGCUUCCAUACUGCACAGUAAGUACCUCGUCCAGCUGGAGCGAAUGCUUGUUCUGUCCCUCGAAGAAGCACGGCACAUGCGUCUGCGACGCCGGCCUCUCGUUUGCUUCUAAGAGAGCACAGCUCACCGUAAACUGCUGCUACCGAUGUGCUUCGUCAUGUCACCAGGCAAGAUCUUGCCAGGUAAAACUUACGCUCUCAAUUUGUCAUGAAAAACACGCCUCGAUCAUGUGCGACUCAAACUACAAAAAGAAAGGCGCCAUAACAGAAGCAUCGGGAAGCACUACAGUGUUGGUCUCGUCGCGAUCGGUUCUGCUAUGCGACAAAGCUCCAUUGAACAUUAUCGCAAGAUGGACAAUAAAGUUUACCUGCAGACUUUUCACGUCUUUGUGGUUAAGAACGACAAGUCAAGGUACCCCAGAAAGACUGUGCGUGGUUGAAGUCAGAGAUGAUUUAUUACCGAAUGUCUCGCUGCAAUAUUGCGACUGCAGACAGUGGGCAAAACCAGUAUUCCAAUUAACACGUUUGACAACGCAUACCCAGGCCCUGCUGGUCGUUGGAGUCUCACUGCGUAGCCAAAACAGUCCAGAUACUCACAUCGCGCAAGGCGACGUGCUUUGCGUUAUUUGCCACGAUGUAGCCACUUAGCCGCGGAUAAAAACUUCAUCCGGGAGCUACGAAUUGAAGUGCCUUGCUGUUGAAAAUCACUUUCUUGAACCAGACACCUCGCCUGGCCUCAGCUUAGUCAUCAUAGCUGACCAUCUUUGUGAAAUUGUGACAGUAAAAGUUGUUAAGAGCAAUGAUAUUUUACGAUUAGUCGCGAUCUGCAGACGAUUAGUCGGUCUGCAGACCACAUCUGAUUCUGGUGAGUCACCUUCACAUGAGUCCCUAGUUCCCUACUAAGAAACGAUCCAUAGGAUUAGUGGCAGAUACACUGUUGCGCUGCCUUCGGAAACGUCUACUCGGAAACAACCGUGACACUGCAGUCAAUCGCCUACGGAACUUGGUAAAGGGGUUACCGAUGAACAACGGUUUACUGGAGCGAUACGACACAGUCAUCUGGCAGUCCCUGGUGUUAAUCCACGCGGAACUGGUACCUAAGAGUGCUCGUACGGUUCGGGCUAUCUAUUACAUGCCAUACCGGGGAGUUAUAAAAAAGGAAUCGCUUAAUACCGAGCUCCGGCUAGAGUUAGACGCAUCGUCGCCCGCUCAUGCAUUCCUACCUCUCAACGAGUGCCUGGAUAAAGCAGCGAACCUCAUUUUAGAGUUGCUACAAGUCCUACUUAGCUUUUGCUGGUUCCCAGUUGCCAUAAGCUCGGAUAUCGAGAACGCAUUAGUACAAAUCGAGCUUAAACAAGACCGACGAUAUGCCUUCCGGUUUCUUUAGUUUGAUACCAUUUCCGGCAGCGAAAACAAUUAUGUUAUCAAACGGAGGAUGACGAGGGUACCCUUUAUUAACAUCAAGCCCUUUCUUGUUCAUGGAGACUAUUCAUCACCACCUGGGCAGAGCCGCCGUCUAUGUAGACGACUUCCUGGGGAGCGCGGAAGCUUUCGAAGAAGGUGUGAACGUCAACGAGAGAUGGAACGCCAACAUGAGAAUUGCGGGAAUUAAUCUACGAAAAAUACGAAUAACCGGCAACUACAGAAAAUUAUCGACAGCGAAUGAGAGCAGAUGGAAAGUGUUUCAAAGGAUUCAGCUGCAGUUUUGGGAAUGCAAUGGGACACAGCCAAUUAUUACUUGAUUUUUUUCCAGAUCUGUAGCGCAAUACUUAGCUGCAGCCCACACCAACACAAAGCGUACGCUGCUGAAGACUGUGUCCCCAAUUUUCGACCUUCUUAGAACUCUAUCGCCUUUCACAGUUACUGUAAAGCUUCUUUUUCUUUUCUUAUUUGUUUCAACACAUGAGGAUUUUACGGCAGUCAUGGUAUGACGAAUGGCCAGAGGAUAUCAAGA